UCAGCUGGCAGUUACGAAGAUGAUAGUUGGUCUGACGGCAAUAAUAACUAUAUUGCGGAGUACUCUGGAGGUUCAUGUUCCGGUAUGUCCCAGACCCAGCUGAGUGAAGGCUGUUCUAAUAGUGACGACUGCAGCACGAUCACGUGCAAUAUGAAUUUCGUUGACGAGCCAAUCACAUUCAAGUUAAAGGUAUAGCCUGCAGAGCAUGCGUUUUUUUAACGAUAGCGCGACUGACCUAGAGGGCAACUGGAAAACUAUGUUAGGAGGGGCGGGCAAGGACGAGGGACCCAUCAACCACUCCCUUGGAAUCUUUUUUUGACUCGCCUUAACUCUCUGUCACUUCAACGUCCAAAUCGUUCGGGUUAUUUCAUCCCAAAGAUUCAGGGAAAUGCUUAAUUUUCUGCGUUUGUAACCGUAUUAAUGCCGGUAAGCCAACACGAAUGAGUACAACUAGCUCUUUUCACGAAAUCACGUUAUGCUUAUAAUAAUUAUCAUAACUAAAUAUUGGCAUUUUUUCUCAACAAGUCAACAAAUGCGAUGAACCUGUCACGGUAACGGCAUCCAUGGAUGUUCCGGAUCUAGGUGUCACGUGGUCUCACACGUACACAAGUGACGACAUCAUUGAAGUACCCGGAUUUACUGUAUCUUUGCCUUCUAUAUUCUCGGCUGGAGUGUACGUUCAAGUUGGACUCACUGAUAACGGAGACCGAUUGCAUCUUAAGGUAUUUUACAGUUAUCUCAUUGGCCAAUUCAUCGUGACGUCAAUACGUUUACUACUAAGGGGCAGGAGCCGAUAAGUAAUCGGCUCCUGUAAGGGGCUAGAGAUGACGUUGCGGUGAGUACAAGAAUAGGCCAUCUUCAAGUUCCAAAAACCGUCACUUUCAAAGCGAGGCAAAGUGCAAUGCUAUCAUUAAAGGCUAAUGUUGACCUUGAUUUAUGAAAUGAAACUUCGAAACUAUUCUUUGAUUCAACAGGUGAACCUUUUGGCCGGUGGUAAAGUGUUAGGAAAGAGUGUUUAUCCAGUAAAAGUCACUGUCAUACAGGGAGAUUUGCCAAUUUCCACUCACGAGUGCGGUGAGUACUAAUCAUACUUUUACAAAAACUUUUAUAGCAGAAGUACGCUUAUUCUACGAUGAAAAUCUGACGAGUUUAACUUAGUGCUUAAUUUUUGUCUGUUUUCGGUGUCAUGUUUGUAGAUGAGAGGGGAAAAAGCAGCCGCAACUGUUUUUCGAGAAUUAUUUAUCUCGAGCGGAGCGGGAACAGUUUUAAGGAAGUUUCUUGUUGCUGUGGACGGGUUCAAUCACCAAAUGACGUAGCAUAAAACAUUGAAAAGUCACUGAAAAAUACCCAAAGCACAAUUCAAAAGCAACCAACAAUAUGGUUUCCGCAAAACCACAGAACAGUCAAUUUGUAGAGUUCAAUCAAUUAAGUAUCGUUGAAUCUAUUUUUAAUAUAAAGUGUGCUUUUGUUGCAGGGAUCUUCGGGUGGUGGUACAACUUUUCCGAUAUUGAAAAGGCAGCAGUAAUUGGUGGACCUCUAUUGUUCAUCAUUCUACUAAUCAUUGCCUGUUGCUGUUGUUGCGGCUGCUGCAGGUCCCGUCCAACCAACCAAGGGGCUGUUAUCGUCACUCCCGCAGCUAUCCCUACAGCUGUCAUGGCAACAAGUACCAGGAGCACCGUUCCCAUGAAACCGCUGGUCAACGAGGCUUGA